AUGUCAUCACCCAAGAUGGGUGUGGUCAGAGACUCCAUGUUGACCAAUCCGAUGAUGAUCAAGGUGUUUCUUGGUCAUUCCAGGUCCAGAGGUUUUUUACUUCCUGGUCCAGAUUUUACUUUUGGAACCAGCAGCAGCUCGAUGCAGAAUGGAGGCGUGGCCGAGGUUCUGUCCAGCUGGAGGGUUCAGCCCAGACGUGAAGCCGUGGAUCCUCACAGGGUUCUGGUUCCGUACUUCGUGUCUCUGAACCGUAACGCGGUGAAGGCGGGACUGGUCACGUCCAAUGAUCUACGUCAGUACCGGGCCCAGGUGGGGGGGGGCAAGACAAAAAAUCUGGCACCCCAACUGCAGGAGGGCGGGGCUUCACAGAAGCUGGUAGCUCCUGACAUCACAACCAGGCCGUUGUCUCCUCUGUCGGACCUUCUCUCUCAUCAAUACGCACGCCGCUGGAAGGAGGAGCAGCUGAGCAGGAUUCAAACCAGCAACCACAACCAGCAGCUCAGGACUAAACCAGGUUCCGACAGCAGGACCAGUCUUCUGAGGAGGAGCAGACCACUUCCUGUCCCGCGACCCCAGGUCACAUUGCCGCACUUCACCCAGGUGCCUCCUGCUGUCAACAGCUUCAGGACCAGCAGGGACCAGCAGGGACCAGCAGGGACCGGGAGGGACCAGCAGGGACCAGCAGGGACCAGCAGGGACCAGCAGGGACCAGCAGGGACCAGCAGGGGGUAG